UCAAAACUGUUUAAAUUGAUUCAAAAUUUUCAGAAAAUGACCGCUGCAGAACCUUCGGCGAGUUUCACGACUAAUCCGGAUGAAGAAGUCCAGUGGGGGUGGGUCUAUAGAGAAAAAACGAAGAGGGAGCGUGAAAGCCGAAAGCUCCCCACCAAAAAGGAAUCCGUUGACUUGAAAUGUCUCAUCGAAAAAUUCAAACAGAAAUUAGCUUGUCCUGCAAAAUGCAAGAACAAGUCCAAGACGAAAGCGCCGAAAAAGCCGAAAAAGAUCGGAGUACUGGAACGCAGUACUAUGUCGAAAAAACAAUACUGGGAUAUGUUGUCUACGCCUCAUCAGCCCGUUCAAAAGAUCGACGAGAAGUGCGCGAAGAAAACCUGCAAUUUGAUGCCAUGCCCGCCAAGAAUUGUUUUAAUGUCGAUGCCUCCGAAAAGGGCAUUGUGGGAGACAUGGAAAAACUACCAUAAUGUUUUGUCCCCUCAGACUAUUUUAAGAAUUGACGACAUGCUGCAUACCGAACAGAAUGUUAAUCCGCAACAAGCAUCGGUUUACUUCAAGUGUGCUGAUAGAAAGAAACGCAGAAAACGCAUGCUGAAAAAACUAAAAAAACUUAAGGCAAAGAAGAAAAAAUUACGCGCGAAAAAGGAAUGGGUGGUUAAACAAAUAGAAAAAAUCACAUGCGCCAUUCUCCUUUACAUACACGAUGCGCCAUACUUCGACCUUAACUAUAAACAAUACCUCUUUUCCACUGGCAUUCUUAAUAGACUUCACGAAACAAAACAGUUGCCCAAAAUCGAUAGAAACACUAAAAAUCCUUACAAGAAAACCUUAAUCGAAAUAUCGGAUAAAACCGCGGUGUGGGUUGAUGCUUUGAUGCGAUUUGUCGAAAACCAGUACGUGGAAUCGGACAGUGAUGUGCCCGAAGCAGAGGAAUCUGAAUUCACUUCGACGGUGGAAACGACUAUAGAAGAGGAAGAAGAAGGAGAAGAAGAGGGAGAAAUGGAAUCUGAAGUAAUCGAGAAGGAAGAGGAGGAGGAGGAAGGAGAAGAGUUACCUUUAUUCGAACAAGAAGAGGAGGAAGUCGAGUUCUUCGAAGGAGAGGAUCAGUUACCAUUAUUUUCAGAUGACGAAGGGGGUGAAGGCGGUGGUGACACUACUGAUUACGAGGAUACAGGACUUUCAUUUAUGGCGGAAGAAGAUGAAGGCGAUUACGAAGGGGCCGACGCUGAAGGUGACGAAGAAGGCUAUGAAGCUGAAGAAACAGAGGAAGAGGAGGAACAGGAGGAUGAAGGUCAAGAAGACGUUUUGGAAGAAGAGCAGGCAGCAGUGAACUUAGAGGAAGAGGUACUGGAUACUAUAGUCGAAACUGCUACAGACGUCGAAGAGGCUCCUGAAGCAGUUAAUGAAUCUGAACCUCCAGAAGGAGCAGGCGAAGAACCCCAACCACCUGCAGCAGAACCGCCGAAAAAGAAACCGACGACUGCUAAAAAACCUCCAAGGAAGCCUCAGGCUGGAGGCGACACGGAUGACGAGGAAAAGGCUCUUGAAAUUUAUGAUGAAGCGGAGGGCGGAAUUGGCCUGGGAUUAGAAGGACCAGUAUCUGAAGAACCCAUGGACGUUGAUGUGUUGUAUGAAAAGUGUGGAAUUCCAGGCGAAAUUAAAUCCCACAAACCUGUUAAGGUUUUAGAGCACCAGCCGGGAACAAUUUGUUGCCUCUCUUUAAAGAUCUGGGCGGUGUGGCUGAUAGAAAUCACUCACAACGCUCAUAACUGGACUAUGUGGAUGGGUGAGACUAUUAGAAAAGUGAGAAAUUACGCGUCAAUUGUACGAGGAGAAGUUAAAGACGAAUCUGGAGACACUGCGAUGUUGUACAAGGCUGACUGGAGAAAGUUUUGUAGGGAAACGAAAGCUUCGAUAAACAAAUGGAACGAAUACAGCAAGCACGUACAACAACUUAAUCAGGAAAUUUCUGAUGAGUUUAAAGAUAAGAGAGUUGUGUGCUGUCCUAAGUGUUUACAAGAUAACGCUAUUAAAAACGUAGUUGCUGCUCAUAAGACAUUCAAGGCGUUAACUGACGCUAUGGAUAAUGCGGCGUUUUGGCAUUGUAAUUUGGAAGAAUUGAUAGAUAAGGCUACACCACUCUCAGAAGCAGCUGCAGAUGAAUGCCGCGAGUACGAAAUGGAUGACGCAAUGCCUUCCAUUGUAGACUUCCAAGAGGUAUUUCAAAAUAUUUGUCAGGAUGAAAGGCCGAGCGUGGGUUCAAUUUACAUAUUGGAAGAACUGGAUGUCCCGGGAGCAGCCUCUACCAAAACAGAAAGCAAGAUCAAGCCGAAAAAAGGCAAAGGUAAAAAGGAAAGCAAAAAGGGUAAAGAAAAAGGGAAAAAGAGAGUUUCCAUUGAUGAAAAACCUCAAAAACCGGCAGAAGUGCCGGUGCCACCAAAAGAUCCGCCGUGUCCACCGAGAGCUUCCACGAGCCUCGGACAAACUGAGGGCGAAAGAAGAUGGUCGGACGGAGCUAGGGUUCAUAAGAAACCGUGUACGUGCAGAAAGCAAAAGAGAUCCGCUACUGCACCCGCCGAAACAGAAAACGUUUCCAGAUUCGUUAACAAGCCGAAGGAGUGUCCGGUUACAUGCAAAAAGAAGAGAAAGUGAAAUGUUUGUGUUAUAAAUAAAUUUGUUGAAUGAUGA